GUCACAAGGGUCAUAAGGAGCCGGGCGCCCCAUCUCUCCUCCCCACCAAGGCAGUUCAUAAAGGAAGGAGGCGGAUCCUGCUAAGCCUUGGCGACCUGAGGCAGGGAGAGAGGGAAGGAGACUGGGGCGGACACAGCUGUUUCCCAGCUCUCCCGCAAGCAUCUCUCAGGGAAAAGUUUCUUCAAACUCAUCUGAACAGACACACCAUGGGCACAUUCUCCUCCUCCACCCUCCUUGGGAUUUGUAGCUUGCUCCUCUUCGCCUCCAAAGUCUGGGGUGGUAAUAUCUGUACUACACGAGGAGUGAACUCAUGUCAACAGUGCUUAACUGUGAAUCCACAAUGUGCAUGGUGUUCUGAGGAGAACCUGCCACAAGGAUUCUCUCGAUGUGACCUGAAGGACAAUCUUCUUCAAAAUGGCUGUACAAGUGACUUUAUUGAGUAUCCAGUCAGUAGCACCUACAUCCUAGAGAAUAGGCCCCUCAGCAAUAAAGGAUCAGGGAGUGAAAUCACCCAAAUGACUCCACAGAAGAUUGAGCUCAACUUGCGGCCAGAUGACUCUCAAACCUUCACGGUGCAAGUGCGGCAGGUGGAAGAUUACCCUGUAGACAUCUACUAUCUGAUGGAUUUGUCCAAUUCCAUGAAGGAUGAUCUACGUAACAUCCAGAACCUAGGUACCAACCUGGCCUUGAAAAUGCGCACAGUGACCAGUAACCUGAGGAUUGGCUUUGGAGCCUUUGUGGACAAGCCUCUGUCCCCUUACAUGUACAUUUCACCUCCGGAAGCCAUCAGAAAUCCAUGCUAUGACUUGAAACCACCAGAUAACUACUGCCUGCCAAUGUUUGGCUAUAAACAUGUGUUGGCACUUACAGAUGAAGUUCAGCGUUUCAAUGAGGAGGUGAAAAAGCAGAGUGUGUCAAGAAACCGCGAUGCACCUGAAGGCGGGUUUGAUGCCAUCAUCCAAGCUACUGUCUGUGAUGAAAAAAUUGGCUGGAGACCAGAUGCCUCCCACUUACUGGUCUUCACUACAGAUGCCAAAACACACAUUGCUUUAGAUGGGAGACUAGCCGGGAUUGUUACACCCAAUGAUGGGCAUUGCCACAUGGACAGCAACAAUGUAUAUGAAGCUUCAACCAGAUUGGAUUACCCGUCUCUUGGUCUGCUGACAGAUAAACUCUCCCAGAAAAACAUUAACUUGAUUUUUGCUGUGACUCAUGGCAUCGUGGGACUUUACCGGAAUUAUAGUGAGCUCCUUCCAGGCACCACAGUAGGGACCCUGACAAGUGACUCGAGCAAUAUUCUGCAGAUUAUUUUGGAUUCCUAUGGGAAAAUCCGUUCCAAGAUCGAACUGGAAGUACGCAAUCUGCCAGAAGAACUCUCCCUUUCAUUCAAUGCCACCUGCCUUAAUAAUGAAGUAAUUCCUGGAGUUAAGUCCUGUGUUGGGCUUAAGAUUGGUGACACGGUGAGUUUCAGCAUUGAGGCCAAGGUGCGAGGAUGUCCUCAGGAGCGGCAGAAGUCUUUCACCAUCAAGCCAGUGGGCUUUGAGGACAGCCUGACAGUUCAAGUGAACUUUGACUGUGACUGCCAAUGCCAGCAACAUGCUGAGUCUGAUAGUGACAUCUGUACGCAUGGUAAUGGGACCUUUGAAUGUGGCAUGUGCCGCUGCCACCCGGGGCGACUGGGCUCCCACUGUGAAUGUUCAGAGGAGGAAUACAGCCCAUCUCAGCAGGACAAUUGCAGCCCCCGUCAGGGAGAGCCUCUCUGCAGCCAGAGGGGUGAAUGUAUCUGCGGUCAAUGUGUUUGCUAUGGCAGUGACUUUGGCAAGAUCUCUGGCAAGUACUGCGAAUGCGAUGACUUCUCCUGUGUCCGCUUCAAGGGGGAGUUGUGUUCUGGCCAUGGGAAAUGUGACUGUGGUGACUGCAACUGUGAUCCUGACUGGACAGGGGCCUAUUGCAAUUGCACCACAAGGACUGACACCUGCAUGUCUACCAAUGGCCUGGUGUGCAGUGGACAAGGGCGUGGAUACUGUGCCUGUGGGAAAUGUGUCUGCACCCAGCCUGGCUCUUAUGGAGACACCUGUGAGAAAUGCCCCACAUGUCCUGAUGCCUGCACCAUCAAGAAAGAAUGUGUGGAAUGUAAAAAGUUUGAGCGGGGUGUCUUAAUGGAGCAAGACGCCUGCAACCGCAACUGCCGGGACGUAAUUGAGUUGGUGCAGGAACUUGGAGACAAGGGAGAAAAUGCUGUGAAUUGUACUUACAAGGAUGAGGAUGACUGUGUGGUACGUUUCCAGUAUUUUGAAGACUCCAGUGGGAAAUCUAUCCUCUAUGUCAUUGAGGAACCAGAUUGCCCGAAGGGACCCGAUGUCCUGGUAGUUCUGCUUUCAGUGACUGGAGCUAUCUUGCUUAUUGGCUUGGUUGCACUUCUUAUCUGGAAACUGCUUAUCACCAUCCAUGACCGGCGGGAGUUUGCCAAGUUUGAAGAAGAGCGGGCCAGGGCUAAAUGGGACACGGCCAACAACCCGUUGUACAAGGGAGCCACCUCCACAUUCACCAACAUCACAUACCGUGGAAAUUCAUGAAGGGAGAGAGUUCUAGGGCUUCCGUAUUUAUGUUUACAGAAUAGUCUGUGUUGUUUUGGCAAGUGUUUUGUGUGUGAUAUUUGAAUAGCUUUUGCUCAGGUUGUUCAAAAGCCUUUGCUCUUCAUUGUUCUGCUGUCACAUGAGGAUGUUUGCACUGUGAUUCUUCCAAAUAUACUUUUUACCUCAGAACUACAAAACGAACCCAUACACUGAAAGAGAAAGCAGGACUUGAUCUUCAGUAGGACCAGCAUUGUAUCAAUCCUGGGGUGGGGUUACAGGACACUUUGGCUGAAUAAAAUUAGAAGGCAAAAAUAUUGAAGUAUGUCAUGUAAUGCAGAAGGUUUUUGUAUAAUGAAAUUGGGAAUGAAGGGUUUGAGAAAAAGGUCAGCCGAUUUGGAAUUAGUGGAGCACAUUAAGGAGCUCAAAUGUCCUCUGUCAAGAUUGACUUGGUAUGGCUGAGCCAGAGACAUUUGCCUUUUUCUGCUGUUAUCCAGGCUUGCAAGUCCGUGUCUAAGGUAGAUAUAGGAAAGUUUUUAUUACAGCUUGACCACUGUUUGGCAGCAUUUCUGAUGCAAGGAACGAUGGGAGGUUUGUAGAGAAAAGUUUUGUGGAAGGGGGAACAAUGACAUGUUUAGGACUAGCAAGCACCACUGUCAUAUAUGUUGCUAGUAUAAUUGUGACCACAAAAGGAUUUUAUGGACUUAGAAAUUUGAAAAACUUACCCUAUACUUUUUCGUUUUAGUUUUGUAAAUCUUGGAAGGCUCCCAAAGUCUGUUUCAUAUUCAAUUCAAGGAAGCAAAGCUCAAAAAGCAAAGCCAAAAAGGCUGCCUGUCUGCCUUAGUGCCUGCCUUGCCAUUCCUCUCCCAGGAAAUUAAUGGAGUCUCAACAAUUAGAAGCAGUGAAAAAAGGGAGCAGUGCAUUUUGAGAAGGGGAGAAGCCCUAUGCCAAAGAAUUCAAAAGAAUCUGCCUUAAACUACAUUCCCCAGUAUACAUCUGCAUCAGAAAGCCCCUAUUAGGAGAGGAGAUCGGUCUGUAGCCAACCAGAGUUCCAAUACAUUUGUUAAUAUUCUACACUAUAAUUUUUGUUCCUGGGUUAUAAAUUUCAUUUCCUAAUUGGUUCUGUCAUAAAAACAUGGAAAAGUUUAUUACACUGCAAAAACGUUGUUUUUGGGCAAGGGACAUCAUCCUGUAUAUAGCACAUUUUGCUUUGUGGAGUCUCCAGCAAUUUAGUAAAGUUUCUAACAUAGGAGCAAAGUUUCUGGAGUAGAAAAACAACUUUCAAAGAAAGGACUACACAAUUAAACAGGAAAUAACACUUUGAAACUAGGAGCACAUUUUAUUAUUAAAAAACAUGUAUAGAAACUUUGAAAAUUCACCAAAAAUCUGUGGAUAAGUGAAACAUUCUGAAAUUUGGUGGGCUAAUAGUGAUAAAUGUGUUCUACCAUUGUAGCAAGUUUCAACCCAAUAGAUUUUUAAAAGAGGGAGAUAGGGGCCUCUGAAGUUUUCCCAAUUAUAGUAAUUUUACGCAUGUGCAAUCACUGUAACAAAAUAGUAAUUAAAUUUAGUUAGUCUCGUUAUAGUAAUGAAAUUUUCACUAAGUAUACUUUGGAAACACUUUAGAGUUGAAACGCCAACGCCCCCGUUUUGUAAUGACUUUUGAACCAUUUUUUAAAUGAAUUGCACAUCCCAACCUCUUAUUGUCCUUAUUUCAACAGUCAGUGAUAGAUGGUUACUAUACAAAGAGUUUCAAAUAUGAUUCUCAGCACUUUGGGUUGAAACAAUAUCAAGACUGGGAAGGUCUUCCCUCUCUCUCAAUCUCUUUCUUGCUGUAAGAGUUCUCAGAAUGAACAAUAUUGGUUGAGUUGAUCUGAAAGCAAAAAAAAUCUCCUUGCCAAAAUAUGAUAUGUGUCCUUCUGAAUUGUUAGUGUCCCCUUGUUCCCUUGUUUCUUCUCAGGUUUGACUCAGGGAAUCAAAGAUUCAGCAUAAGGAGAUGAAACACUUCAGUGUCCUGGAUGACUGAAACGUUGCUUCCAAAAUUGCCCUCAGGUGCCUUGAAGAAGGCGGGACAUGUUGAAACAACAUGGCUAAAGAACCUCUUCUUUAUGAGGCUUUUUUUUUUUUUUGUUAACCCAAGAUGUAUAUAAAUACGGGUAGAAAGCCUGCCUCAUUCUGCUUGGGUUGUAAGCUGGUAUGGCAGAAUUAGGCCUUUUUACCAUUGGCCAUUGUGAAAAGGCUUCAAGAAGGCUUCUGAAAAGUCUCUUGUGGCUGCUUGACUUGUAGAAACCCAUAGUCAUGUCUGACCAUAGAAAAAGGAACAACUUUAACAUCACCCUACCAUCUAAUUUCCAGUCUGUCACUCACACCACAUUUUCCAUUUCCUUUUUGCAUCCUUUAUAUACACAGAAUCCACACACCACACCCAGCCAGACAAUUGCAUAUUCAAGUCCUUCUCUGAUAUUAUGAUAAGAACUAGUCUUGUGUAUUUGUAUGAAAUCACUUGCAGUUUCUAUUUGUACUGUUCAUAUGGCCCUGUUUCUGUGCGCUGCUUACUAAUGGGUUUUUCCGCCCAAGGCCCAGAAAAAACAGGGCCUGCCAGUUAGGGCCUACAGCCGAGUGGGUCCGGCGCUUCGCUGUCGGCCCUGUAAGCCAGGCCUAUGAGUAUUUGAGCAUUCAAUGUCUCAUAGGCCUGGCUCACAGGGCCUACAGCUGAGCACCGAGCACUCAAUGCUUGUAGGCCCUGCGAGCCAGGCCUACGAGUGUCAAGCAUUCAGCGCUUGGCUACAGGCCCUGUAAGCCAGGCCUAUGAGUAUUUGAGCAUUCAAUGUCUCAUAGGCCUGGCUCACAGGACCUACAGCUGAGCACCGAGCACUCGAUACUUGUAGGCCCUGCGAGUGUCAAGCAUUCAGCGCUUGGCUGUAGGCCUGGCAAGCUGGGCCUACAAGACAUCGAGCGCUCAAUGCUUGUGCAGGGCCUACAGUCGAGUACUUGACGCUUGUAGGCCCGGCAGGCAGGGCCUACGAGCAUCGAGCGCCCAGUGCUUGCCUGUAGGCCCUGUGAGCCAGGGCCUACAGCCAAGCACUGAAAUCAGCCGACCAAAUGGCUACCGUUCCCCUCUGCCUAUCGUUUCACUGUUUCUUUUGUUCCCGAGUGGAUGGAGCGGUACAAAACCACAGAAAAAACAGAUGAAACAGGAUUCGGGCCCUACUCUAAUAAGAAUCACUGUUACAAUUAAAACUAUGUUUGUUACAUAAGAGCACUGUUAACGAAACUAAGUCCCUUCUCUAAUUGUCACAACAUAAUGGUUCACAUGGUACCAAUUUGGGUGUUUUUCUCUUUUUGAUUAAUAUAUAUUCCCUACCUUCAACCUCAAAGAUUGCUCAGUCUUUCUCACAUCUGCAAUUCUCUUCCCCCUCUUUCCCAGCAGACAUGGAUUUGGAUUUCUAGUAGGAGAGGUGGCAGGAAGUAAGGCUGUUUAACCCUGGAGCUAUGAAAUAUAUAGAAAGGGCAGGACAGGGCUGUCAUGUAGAUCUGGUAAAUCAUCAUUCUGUUGUGGCAAUGUUGUGGUGAAGACAUACCUGUAGCACAUCCAAAUAAAAUAAAAAUCAGCCCACUAA